GGGGCGAGUGCCAGCCAGUCUGGGCCUCCCCCCCUCCCCCGCCCCCCUCGACUCUAUUCCCUAGGGAAAGUCGGAGAACGGCGGGACCCGCAAUGCCUUUGGAAACUACAUUUCCCGGCAUGCAAGGGGGGGGCGGCACCCUCCUGUCUUGGGACACGUAGUCGCGGGCCCGCCUACAGACUACGACUCCCGGCGUGCCCCGCGGCUCAGGGCCGGAAAGCCCCGGAUCCGGAUCCGGGCGGCGGCUUCCGGCUGGGGUGUGAGAUCGCGGGGGACAUGGCCACGGGGACAGACCAGGUGGUGGGACUCGGCCUCGUCGCCGUUAGCCUAAUCAUCUUCCUCUACUACACCGCCUGGGUGAUUCUCUUGUGCCGGGCCCCUAGCACCACCAUAGGGCAGGCACCAGGCCAGUGUGCAGUGAACAACUUCAAUAAUCAAGUAAAGGAAACAGACCAGAGCACCCCAGAUACCACCGUGUUAAAGCAAACCCUUCAUCGACAGUCAGCAUGUCAUCCACAAGUACUUCCUGCCCAGAGCCUAUGCUGUCGCCAUCCCACUGGCUGCCGGCCUCCUGCUGCUCCUGUUUGUGGGAGUGUUCAUCACCUACGUGAUGCUGAAGAACCAGAAGGGGACCAAAAAAGCUCAGUGAAGGCCCAGUGGGGCUGAGGCUGUGGCACCCCUCUGCCACCCCUCCAAGGGUGGGGGUGCACAGGACCCAUCCAGGCACCUCGGCUCCCUCAAGCCAGGGCUCCCUUUGGACAUCCCGGGGAUGGAGCUGUUGAGGACCUACCACAUAGGCCUGCUCCUUCCUGCUCAACUUUCCAGAAGCCAGGAAGGAGGAUUACUGGGAAGCCUCCCUCCUACCCCUUUCUGGUUCAGGGCCUGAAAGAUGCUGGUUGUCUCCCUCUCACCUUCAGACUCCCUGUCACCUUUUCCUCUGAGUUCUAUCUUGUUUCAGUUUCCCUCCUGUCACCUGCUGAUGUUGGACUUGGUAGGUUCUGAGGCACCAUGCAACCUUCCCCCACGUGUUCUGCUCCUCCUCUGAGGCAGCUUUCCUGGGUCUGACAUAGCCCCAGGCCCCACCAGGACUUCAGGACCUGGAAAGCCUAAGGGGAGGAGGACUGACAGGCCAGGGGUUAUCACCAGGCCUCAGGGCACAUUAGGGGGGCCAUAGUAGGCCCCCAGACCAACUGCUUCUCAUAGAGGCCCGGCCCCUUGGGCCCAGCACUGGCCAGUUGGGGGAUAACUGAACAAUAAACGUUGAUGAUGUGUU